AUGGAACUAGCCUACGCAGCAUUACUAGCUGUUCUCUACCUCGCAUCCCCGGGUUCUGCAGGUAGCUGCUGCUGUGGUGUGUCAUGCAAAUUGUUAAUAUGUUCUGCGCCAGCACCACCACCUGCACCGGCCUGUCCAGCACCCCCACCAUGUCCUCAACCUGAACCUUGUGAUCCAUGUCCAGAAUGUCCUCCGCCACCACCACCUCCCGCAUGUCCCGUAUGCGCUCCACCACCUCCUCCGCCACCACCACAAUGUCCACCAUGCACAGGU